AUGUCCGGAUUUAGUAUAUCCCUACCUCCCAUACGACAACAAUUAUCGCCGACUGAACUACCAUUGACUCGGUAUACCAACAGAGAAGCAAGCAAACUUUUAAUCGAAGUUGCCAAAGAUCGCAAGCUAUUGAUCGAUUUGUACACGGAUAAACAAGCAUCGUCUGGUUUUACUGGUUUGGAUAAAGCGAAAAUGGAAGCACAUAAAGCGAUUUCUAUUGUUGAGUCUCAAUUGAAAUAUCUCGACAAAGCUGAAUGUCUUCGCUCAAAUGAAAAGAUUUCUCAAGACAAUCCUCUAUGCACCUCAGAAAUGGACCGAACCACACUUAUUCAUAUAGCUGAACAGGAACUGAUCUGCUUGCAAAAAUUACCUUCGAAACAAAAGAGUAUGGAGAUUCUUUACCGGUCAAUGAAAAUUAUCAAUUGUCUCCAAGCAUUGGAUAAUAAGAAUACUUCUCUCGAUCAUCGAAUACCACUGAUGCUUGCUGAUGCAUUUCGUUUAGUUGGUCAAUCUUAUAAUGAAGUCAACCUAUUUGAUCAAAGUCUUGGAAACUACAAACAAGCAUAUGAAAUCUUGCUUCCAUUAAAAGAUCAGAGUUGUCUCUAUCGAGCAACAUAUGACAUUGCACGAAGUUUGAUUCUAACGCAUAAAUACUCGGAGGCCAUGGAGAAAUUUGUCGAAAUGUUAAAUAAAUCGACAUCGGAUAAUGAACGUGCGUUUGUUUAUCAAUAUUUAAGCUUCUGUGCGUUGAAUUUAAAUGAUUAUGAUGAUGCGAAAAAACAUGCAUACGAGGCACUUGAUUAUGCUUCAGCAUCUCACGAAGAACUCCUUCGUAUAGAAGCAAAUAUUCUUCUAGGAAAGAUCUAUUUUCAAUUGAAAGAUUUUCCACGUGCGGAGGAAUACCUGAUCUAUGCUCAAAGUCUCAAAGAUCAGCUGGGUGACUUGAAUCAAAUGAAAUAUUUAGAUGAAUUGCUGUCCGUCAUCAAAAAUCAUAAAAAGAAUAUUUUUCUGAGCCAGACUUCAUCAUUUGGCCAACUGAAUGAUAGUCUCGAAGAAAGAAGCGAAAGAAAUCUAUACAAUUAUCGCAUUUUAACACCCUACCACCGUCUUUUUUAUAUGUGCAGGGAGCAGAAGAAGAAGGCUCAAAAACGUACGGAAAACUUUAAGAAAACUCUUCCUGUUCCACGAGCAAGCUUGCCUCUACUCUCAACAACAAAUAGUAUGACAUAG